CGCCCAUGGGUGCCAGGAGGAGCCGCUCAUGUCGGGGAACGGAGCGGUGUGGGGACGCGUGCGAGGCCGCCUCCGCGCCUUCCCCGAGCGCCUUGCGGCCUGUAGGGCCGAGGCCGCGGCUUAUGGCAGGUGUGUGCAGGCGUCCACGGCCCCGGGCGGCCGCCUGACGAAGGACCUCUGUGUGCAGGAGUUCGAGGCCCUGCGGAGCUGCUUCGCCGCCGCGCACUUGUGCGGAGCUGCAGGAGGCCGAAGGGGCGUUGGGCUCCAGACCAGCUUCGUCCCAGGGAGCCCUGUCCCUGGGCCAGUGUUUCAGCAGCUCUGCCUCAGCGUUUUCUGCCAAGACGACCCCAAGGGGAGCCCUUUAGGAUGGACAAGCCCGCACUACAUUUGUGUUUGCUGCCCACAGCCUUGAGGGACAGACGCCUGAGACAUCUAAAGCUUUUAGAGCUAAAAGGACUGCACGCUCAUCAGGGCAAGACGUGGGCAGACGGGGGAUCUGGUUUUCUUGCCUCGUGUACGUAAGGUUUCUGGUUAGAGUAAGAAGCAACAAAGCAACAAUACAGACUGUGGCAGACCA